UGUCGCGGGUGGGUUUUGGAGGACCGGAGAGAAGGGACGAGCUCGGCGGUGAAGGGUCUAGGGAUGCUCUCCCACUCGCCUCUGGGCGGUCCUCCCGCCUGCAGGACGUCACGAGGCGGCUGUCGCGUCUCCUCUGCUGCCGCGUCCCCUCACACUGGUUCAGUCCCGGGUUGCCGACUGAGAAACUUGUGUUGAUUUCCCGGGGCAACCUCUCCUGUCCUCCACAGGUAGGGCGCAGGAUCGGGUGCUGGAACAGUCGAGAUGGGUCAGCUGGGCUCUCGUCCUGCCUUGGCUCCGGCGUACCUCCCCUUUCUGAGCCUCUCUUUCCUCACCUGUAAAAUGGGCGUAAUAAUACGUUGUUCCUGAAAUGAGGGGUUCAAGGACGUCUAUGCUGAGGGCUCUUCUCAACUAAGCUCGAUUUCUUGGUUUGUUCCAGACGUUACAAACUGUUAUCUAAUAGGAAUCAUGUAAGGCAAGUCAGAGCGGCAGCUAUGGGGGAUCCUGGACUCCCCAAAUUGCAGUUUGCCCCCUUCAGUAGUGCCUUGGAUGUUGGCUUCUGGCAUGAGUUGACCCAAAAGAAGCUGAAUGAAUAUCGGCUGGAUGAAGCUCCCAAGGACAUUAAGGGUUAUUACUAUAAUGGUGAUUCUGCUGGGCUGCCAGCUCGCUUAACAUUGGAGUUCAGUGCUUUCGACAUGAGUACCCCCACCCCUGCACGCUGCUGCCCUGCUGUUGGAACACUGUAUAACACCAACACGCUUGAGGCUUUCAAGACUGCAGAUAAGAAGCUACUUUUGGAACAAGCAGCAAAUGAGAUCUGGGAAUCCAUAAAGUCUGGCUCUGCUCUUGAAAAUCCUGUGCUCCUCAAUAAGUUCCUGCUCUUGACCUUUGCAGAUCUAAAGAAGUACCAUUUCUACUAUUGGUUUUGCUACCCCGCCCUUUGCCUUCCUGAAAGCAUACCUCUCAUUCAGAGGCCAGUGGGCUUGGAUCAAAGGUUUUCACCAAAACAGAUCCAAGCCCUGGAACGUGCAUAUGAUGAUCUCUGUCAAACAGAAGGAGUCACGGCCUUACCAUACUUCUUAAUCAAGUACGAUGACAACAUGGUGCUGGUUUCCUUACUUAAACAUUACAAUGAUUUCUUCCAAGAUCAAAGGACAAAGAUAACAGUUGGUGUAUAUGAUCCCUGUAACUUAGCCCAGUACCCUGGAUGGCCUUUGAGGAAUUUUUUGGUCCUAACAGCCCACAGAUGGAGGGGCAGCUUCCAGUCUGUUGAAGUCCUCUGCUUCCGUGAUCGUACCGUGCAGGGGGCCAGAGGCACUGCCCACAGCAUCGUCUUCGAAGUGAGGCUUCCAGAAAUGGCGUUCAGCCCAGAUUGCCCUAAAGCAGUCGGAUGGGAAAAGAACCAAAAAGGAGGCAUGGGACCAAGGAUGGUGAACCUCAGUGAAUGUAUGGAUCCUAAAAGGUUAGCUGAGUCAUCAGUGGAUCUGAAUCUGAAACUCAUGUGUUGGAGAUUGGUCCCUACCUUGGACUUGGACAAGGUUGUGUCUGUCAAAUGCCUUCUGCUGGGAGCUGGUACCUUGGGUUGUAAUGUGGCUAGGACACUGAUGGGUUGGGGCGUCAGACAUGUCACAUUUGUGGACAAUGCCAAGAUCUCUUACUCCAAUCCCGUGAGGCAACCUCUCUAUGAAUUUGAAGAUUGUCUAGGAGGUGGUAAGCCCAAGGCCCUGGCAGCAGCAGACCGGCUCCAGAAAAUAUUCCCCGGAGUGAAUGCCAGAGGGUUCAACAUGAGCAUCCCCAUGCCAGGACAUCCAGUGAACUUCUCCAGCGUCACCUUGGAGCAAGCCCACAGGGAUGUGGAGCAACUAGAGCAGCUCAUUGAAAGUCAUGAUGUCAUCUUCUUAUUGAUGGACACCAGGGAGAGUCGGUGGCUUCCUGCCGUCAUUGCUGCAAGCAAGAGGAAGCUGGUCAUCAAUGCUGCCUUGGGGUUUGACACAUUUGUUGUCAUGAGACAUGGUCUGAAGAAACCGAAGCAGCAGGGAGCUGGGGACUUGUGUCCAAGCCACUCUGUGGCAUCUGCUGACCUCCUGGGCUCCUCGCUUUUUGCCAACAUCCCUGGUUACAAACUUGGCUGCUAUUUCUGCAAUGAUGUGGUGGCCCCAGGAGAUUCAACCAGAGACCGGACCUUGGACCAGCAGUGCACUGUGAGUCGUCCAGGCCUGGCCAUGAUUGCAGGAGCACUGGCAGUAGAAUUGAUGGUUUCUGUCCUACAGCAUCCAGAAGGGGGCUACGCUAUCGCCAGCAGCAGUGAUGACCGCAUGAAUGAGCCUCCCACCUCUCUGGGACUCGUGCCUCACCAGAUCCGGGGAUUUCUGUCACGGUUUGAUAAUGUCCUUCCUGUCAGCCUGGCAUUUGACAAAUGUACAGCUUGUUCUUCCAAAGUCCUUGAUCAAUAUGAACGAGAAGGAUUUAAUUUCCUAGCGAAGGUCUUUAAUUCUUCACAUUCCUUCUUAGAAGACUUGACGGGUCUUACACUGCUACAUCAAGAAACUCAGGCUGCUGAGUCCUCAGGAUCCCUGGUCCAGCUAGGGGGACAGACACUGCAGUGGAGGCCUACUGAGAUUCUUCCUCUCAGCCCAGAGGAAGCCAGAGGGGCACUGACCAGCCCUGAAGGACUUGACUAGAGGCUUCUGAGAUGAAGAGGCACCUCUAAGAUCUGGGACAUGAGUGACGAUGAGACAGUCUAAGACAACCACCCUUCUCCUGUGAGG